CGGAAGCGAGGUAGAGCUGGCAGAGUCUAGUGGGAUGCCGGGUCACCCGUGGGUCCAAGACUGGCGGACCGGGAAGGAAGGCGUGGUGGCGGGCGCCGAGGAACUGGAAUGGGGCACCGUGAAGAAUGGAAGAGGACACCGAUGAUGACAUCAGGUUUAACUCCUUGUGUUUCAUCAAUGAUCACGUUGGCUUUCAGGGCAGUAUAAAAAGCUCAGCCAGUGACUUCAUUGUUAUCGAGAUCGAUGAACAGGGACAAUUAGUUAGUAAGGCCACCGAUGAAUCUCUUUAUGAAAUUAGUAAAAUACAAUCUGAACCGAGUAAUUUUGUCAAAAAGCCAAAGCUAAAUAUUCAGAGUGUAUCCUUAGAACAUGAAAAUAAUGAAGAAGCUGCUGACUUGCCUGGGUGCUUGGAUGGUGACCAGAUCCAGCCUGCAUGUUCAGAUGGUGACCAGAGCCAUCAGUUUGACUCAGAAAAAGAAAACAGUGUCAACCGUGUGACUUCUAAAUGUGAAGAAGAAAGUAUAGAUAUAUUAAGUUCACUUUUAGAUGAAAAAACUCACACAUUGCUGGAUCAGUUUGCCCGUGACAUCAAAGGGAUGUGGAAUUCACAAACUGAAUUAAUUGAACCGUCUCCUGAAUUGUCCCUAGGCAGGAUCCUUGACAAAAACCAAAGGGCUGUUUUGCACAGUGCUGUUAGGCAGAAAUUUCCCUUUUUGAUAACCAGAGGAAACAACAGUGAAGUGGUUGUAAAGCCGAACCUUGAGUUUAAAGAACUCUGCCAUUUGGUGUCUGAAGAAGAAGCACUUGGCUUUUUCAAAUAUAUGGACUCAAAGAAAGAAAAUUCCAAGUUUACCUUUAACCCGGAUCCAAACAAGGAUCACAGGAAGGCCGUGCACCAUUUUCUCAACAAGAAGUUCGGAAACCUGGUGGAAACCAAGUCUUUUCCUGGGCAGAACUACAGCACUGGGAGCUCAAACACAGCCAUAACCGUGAGAUUCCGGGAAAAAGCACGUGGGAAGAGAUCGCAUCCGGAAUGCGACAGAAGAAAAGCUGUGUGUACAGCUUUUACCCUACAAAAGGAAAAUCUGGAGAUGUUCGAAGCAAUUGGUUUUCUAGCCAUCAAACUUGGUGUUAUUCCUUCGGAUUUCAGUUACGCGGGCCUUAAAGACAAGAAAGCAAUCACCUAUCAAUCAAUGGUGGUUAGAAAAGUGACUCCGGAGAGGUUGAAAAAUAUUGAAGAGGAAAUUAAGAGGAAGAGAAUGAAUGUGUUUAAUAUUCGGUCUGUAGGCGAUUCUCUCAGACUCGGUCAGCUAAGAGGAAAUCACUUUGAAAUUAUCAUCAGAAAUCUAAGAAAUCAACUAAAUGAUUCUGCAAACCUGAGAGAGAGGAUUCUGGAGGCAAUAGAAAAUGUUAAGAGUAAAGGUUUUGUGAAUUACUACGGACCACAGAGAUUUGGGAAAGGAAAGAAAAUCCAAACGGACCGAAUUGGAUUGGCUCUACUGAAGAAUGAAAUGGUGAAGGCCAUAAAAUUAUUUCUUACACCAGAAGACACGGAUGAUCCUGUCAAUAAGGCAAAGAAAUACUUUCUCCAAACUGAGGAUGCUAAAGGCACGCUUUCACUGAUGCCGGAGUUCCGGGUCCGAGAGCGGGCGCUGCUGGAGUCGCUGCAUCGCUUCGGCGUGACGGAGGAAGGCUGCGUCCAGGCCUGGUUCUCCUUCCCCCAUUCCAUGCGCAUCUUCUACGUCCACGCAUACAGUAGCAGGGUUUGGAACGAGGCAGCGUCUUACAGACUGGCAGCCUACGGACCCAAAGUGGUGGCGGGAGACCUGAUCUGCUUGGAUGAAGAUGCGGACGAGCAUUUCCCAAGCAGUAAAGUUCAUCUGGUGACCAAAGAAGAGGAAUCAGACAACACAUACGCACUGCACCAGGUGGUUCUGCCUGUGCUUGGAUACAACAUUCAGUACCCAGAGAACAAAGUAGGGCAGUGGUACCAAGGAGUCCUCAGCAGGGACGGACUGCAGGCCUGUAGGUUCAGGGUGCCCGCCCUGAAGCUGAAUAUACCCGGAUGCUACAGGCACAUCGUGAAACACCCCCACAACGUGUCACACCGACUAGUCCAUCCUGACGCUGCUGAGAUUCAAGCGGAAGGGUCCCACGCCGAUGCUACAGCCUCAUCACUGUCCUUGUCCUUCGACCUCGACGCUUCCUGUUACGCUACCGUUUGUCUGCGGGAAAUGAUGAAAGGCGACAUUUAAGUCCACACCCUGAUGUAGCCACGUGCCCCGCAUUCGGAAGCAAGGGUAGCUGUGGUUCCCAGGACUCCACCUCGAGCUUCGCAGCUGCUGAUUGUCAGUUUUCACGGUAUCCUGAGAGGCUGGGUGUGGUAUAUUAACGUAAGCAUCAGUGUCUAAGUUUAAAACUAUGUGACCGUGGUCUUUAAGGUCGUGCUUCAGGGACUUUUGCUCCAGUCAUGAAAGUUCCAGGUCUUUGGAGCACACCUCUGAGCACUGGCUGCUGUUCAUCACGCUUAAGAGAGAGGCGGAGAGAGAACACCGUCCACACUGCUUAGAAAGGUAAAGCCAGGUGACAAUGAAACCGUGGAGACAGGACCUGAGAAGCUUUUCUCCAUAACUGCCAUCCUUUCUGGCACUAAGUGGCUGGUAUUACACCAUGCAAGGGCAGUAUCUGUUCUCAUAAUGUAUUUAUGAGAUCAUCUUUGAGAAAGACUGAAGAUUUUAAUUAAAUUUUUUAUACUAACUUUUUAGUAUAUGUUUUGCUAUGUUUUCUUUCACCUAAAACUCAGGUUUUAGACUGCUGUCUGUAUUCCACAUUCUAUUUCUGACACAUACCGAUGACGUUGGAUAUUGUAUUGAUCCUUUUUGAAAAUAAAGACAUUCCUAAUUUCCUGAGUUACCACAGAAUUGUAUCUACGUUUUAUGCUGCGAAAAGAAAACCUGUUGUCCAUUUGGAAAUCUUAAGUUUGCUUUAAUUGUCCCGCACCAUGAGUCAUCUUUAACUGCGUUAUGUCAUUUAAGUUUGGAUAGAGAGAGGUGAAUUAUUUAUUGGGAAGACCUAGUCAGAUAUUUGUGUCAUUGCCAGUAACAUACAGUGAUGAAAUUAAAAAAAUCCAUAUGGAAUAUUGCAGACCA